AUUUCUCCAUGUUUGGCAGACUGAGAGACAGCGUUGAUCGCAUGAGAAUAUUAAAAAAAACUCGUACCGUUCGGUGUCAGUCUUGCUUGUAUUUUUCCUCCUUUUUUUAACAAUUUGUAUUGUAGCGAACACUGGUAUUGUUUCCGUUCUUUUUUAGACUUUUAGCAUUUUCAAUUGUGCUCCAGGAAAUCCAGAAAUGCAAGAUUCAUCCGUUGCCGUCCCGUCCUCUUCCUUUCCCUGCUCAUUUUGGCGCCUUUCUGCCUCAACUCAAAGAUACACAUGACCGACCAAGCCACGCAACCACUAAUCCACUAUUUCGAGAAAAUAAUUCUGAACCAUCGGCUCAACAGCAAGACAAGCCAGCAGUCGCUUUGCCUUCUGGACAUGGCUUUGCUGGGCUCACGCGUCUCUCACCGGUGGGGAGGCAUCCGAUUUGGUAGGAAAUCUGGGAGCUGGUAGAUCCACUGGGCAGAUUUGUUGGCCAAUGAAAAACAGUGGUUGGUGAGAACAUGUCAUGUAACCUCAUGUCAGGGGUAGGAUUCAGAAAAUAUACUUGUUCUGCCUUCAUCAUCCUAUUAUGAUAGAUCCAUUCCAGUACAAUACUAAGGCCGUCUGCAGCAGUCUACCCAAAGUUUACCUAAAAACACUGUUUUGUACUUUCUACACUAUAGUGUUCGCAGAGUGAAGUUUGAAUAUGAGUAUAGAGAUGAGUAAUUUGUUGGAGAUAGCCUAAGAGUCUAAACUAGCACUUAAGAUAGCCUAUAAAGGGGUGUGCAGUGUCAAAUAGCUCUGAAAUCCCUGGCCUUGAGGAACUUUUGGCUCUGGGAUGCUAGGGCAGCUAGCACUGUGGGCCAAAAUUGCAAAUGAAACAUCAUGUGGAUCACCGAGAUGGAUAGGGAGAGGCCUCUCGUGUGUGUGCAUCAAGCGGAAAGGCACAUAUGAAAGGAUAUGCAUGAACCUCACACCAGUGCAGGAAGAAAGGCUUCAGAGAUUGAAGCAUCGCAUGAAGGUUUACUUUGAUCCAUCUAGACGAGAUCACCAGGAAGCCCUGAAAGCUCUUUGGCAUGCAACAUACCCUGAUCAAGAACUUGAAGGUUUGAUAUCUGAGCAGUGGAAGGACAUGGGCUGGCAAGGAAGAGACCCAUCAACUGACUUUAGAGGCGCAGGAUUCAUAUCCCUGGAGAAUCUUUUGUUCUUUGCCAAGACGUUCUCCGCAUCGUUUCAGAGACUUCUAAAUAAACAGUGCGGUAACAGAGCCACAUGGGAGUACCCAUUUGCGGUUGCUGGUGUAAAUAUUACAUUCAUGAUCAUGCAGAUGCUAGAUCUCCAGUCUACUAAGCCAAGAACAUUUGUGCGAGCCAUUUUUAUCCAAAUGCUCUCAGAGGAUGAGUGGGCAUUUGAUCUGCUCUACUGUGUCGCAUUUGUUGUGAUGGACAAGCAGUGGCUGGACAAGAAUGCAUCUUACAUGGACUUCAAUGAGGUGCUGAAGUCGACACGAGCCCAGCUGGAGAGGGAGCUUAUGCUGGACGAUGUCAUCCGCAUCGAAGACAUGCCGUCAUACAGCCUGCUUUGCUAGUAACCAAAACACCGAAUUCGCCGGAGAACAGAACUGAGUUGAUGGUUCAACUGUAUAGUACCUCCCUUUGUCUGAUUUCUGGGAGGAUUUUUUUUAGCAACAAAGUAGAGUGAUGACGUACUGGUAUCAUGCUUAAUUUGGGCUAAUGAUGGUGAUAUGCACAUUCUCAGAAGUGUUACAAUGUUCUGUACUUGUCUAAGCAUUUGUCAGAUAUCUAAUAUUGAUCAUUUGAUCCA